GCCAGGAAGCUCUUUGGGAUGUUGGAAGAAAACCAAAAUUUUGGUAAAGCAAAAUCCCUUUUAACUAGCUCCAUUGAGAGUGGACUUUUGAUUUUUUGCAACAACAAUUUCGGCGGAGAAAGAUCCAAACUUUGAGGAUUUAAAAACAUGCUGCUUUUCUUAUGAAUUUGGGAGCAAUAUCUUUGAACAAAGAUAAGUCCCCCAAAAGCAGCAAAUUUUUUGAUCUGGAUUUGAAGAAGAAGAAGAAAAAGUUCAUGGAGGAGAGAAAGUCAUCCUCUGUAUCAGAUGUUGGAGCUUGGGGUAUGAAUAUUAUCAGCUCAGUGGGCAUUAUCAUGGCCAAUAAGCAGCUCAUGUCCCAAACUGGCUUUGCCUUUACCUUUGCUACAACCUUAACUGGAUUUCAUUUUUCUGUAACUGCAUUGGUUGGUUGGAUUUCAAACGCCACCGGCUAUUCGGAAUCCAAGCCUGUUCCCUUCUGGGAGCUUCUUUGGUUCUCGAUUAUCGCCAACACGUCGAUAGCAGCCAUGAACUUCAGCCUCAUGUUAAACUCUGUUGGAUUUUAUCAGAUAUCGAAAUUAAGCAUGAUUCCCGUGGUCUGCAUAAUGGAAUGGAUUCUCCAUGGCAAACACUACUCAAGGGAAGUGAAGAUGGCCGUUUCCGUGGUCGUUGUCGGUGUAGGAGUCUGUACAGUGACUGAUGUGAAAGUCAAUGCCAAAGGCCUUCUCUGUGCCUCAGUAGCAGUCUUGUGCACAUCACUCCAACAAAUUUCAAUAGGUUCAUUACAGAAGAAGUACUCAAUAGGAUCCUUUGAAUUACUAAGCAAGACAGCCCCCAUACAAGCCCUUUCCCUUCUCACAGUUGGCCCAUUCAUUGACUACUGCCUCACUGGCAAGCCUCUAUCGAAAUACAACUACACUUCUGGUGCAUUUUGUUUCAUUCUACUGUCAUGCUCCCUGGCUGUGUUCUGCAACAUCAGUCAGUACCUGUGCAUCGGGCGAUUCUCGGCGGUGUCGUUCCAGGUUUUAGGCCAUAUGAAGACGGUAUGCGUGCUGACAUUGGGGUGGCUGCUCUUUGACUCAGAGAUGACAUUGAAAAACAUAUCAGGGAUGGUUGUUGCCAUUGUUGGGAUGGUGGUUUAUAGUUGGGCAGUUGAGAUUGAGAAGCAAGGCAAUGCCAAUGGAGUGAUCAUUCCUCAGACAAAGAGCCAACUUUCAGAUGAGGAAUUGAUGAUGUUGAAGGAGGGGGUAGAGGAGAGUGGUUUGAGAGAUCAAGAACUUGGUCAAGUCCCAAAAUGAAAGUUUUUUUUUUUUUUUUCAUUUUACUUUUGGAGGUUGACUUGAUUUAUUUAUACAAAGAUUGUAUAAUUUGUAUCUGAAUAAAACUAUUGGAAAUUGUUUGGUGUUCAA